AUGGAGCCCGGCGGGGGCCGCCGCGAAAAGGUCCCGCCGCCGCCGCUGGUGCUGCCGCCCGCCAAGGGCAAGGAGGGCCCCGGGUCCGGCGGCGGUGGCGGUGGCGGCGGCGGCAACGCCCGCCUGGAGAAGGCCAAGCAGCGCUCGGCCCAGCAGGAGCUGAAGCAGCGGCAGCGCGCUGAGAUCUAUGCCCUCAACCGGGUGAUGACGGAGCUGGAACAGCAACAGUUUGAUGCCUUCUGCAAGCAGAUGAGGGCUUCCAGUGAGUGACAGCCAGAUCUUCGCUCCCCACACAAGACUUCACUCAAGGUCUGGACACUGGACCACGGUCAGUGGCCUGUUAAACCACGGUGAGAAGCCCCCAGACCCUUUUUUCCUCUGGGCUACGGCAGUGCCUCUCAGCCGCUUCCAGGUCCACCAAAAGUCCUUGCCAAAAUGGACUUUCUUAUUGUUUGAACUGUUUUUUUAAUCCUAUUUAUUAAAUAAAUGUGUUUUAUGUGUGUGCAAAUAAAUAUCUGUCUGUGA